AUGUUUCCCCUUCACCCAAGCAUGCAACUCCUUCCAUCGAAUGCUACCGUCGCCUCUUCAAGCAUUACUUCAUUUCAACAGCAUCAUCAACCACCUCCUCCUCAACAUCCCCAACAGAGUCAUCAUUUGUAUCAUAACCUUUCAUCACAACCACCGCAUCUUGUUCAAACCACGGUAAAUGUUCAACCUAAUAUGUUCUCUCAUGGCAUGAUGAUCCCGACGAGUGAGAUGAGCCAGCCUUCCUUAAACAAUCAUCCAAUGAUUAGUAAUAACACGGUUUCAGUGAAUGGUCCUCCACAACAACAUCAUUCGUUCGCAUUCACUCAUUUUGUACCACCAUCUGCAGUUCCCAAUAGCUCUUCAUCCUUUCCACUCAUGGCUCCUCCAGGGCCACAAGGACUUAGCUUUAUAAUUUCUACUACUCCAACACAACAGGCGGGUUUGAUCAAUCGAGUAGUGAUUCCUCCACAACAGAAGCACCAACUCAUUCGACAAGCAACAUUUACGUCUUCUCAAAAUCAAGAUUCCUCUCAUUUGACACAAAUGGAUAUGUUUAAACAAGAGUCCUCAAACCUUGGACACGGAUCUUUUGUCCCAUAUGGGUCUCCAUCGAAUUCUGGUCAUGUUCAGCUGGAUGGAAGAUCAACAUUUGGUCUUGAACAUUCGCCUCUCGUUAUGCCCAUACAGAACAUGAGCUUAUUUCAGAGUGGGCAAUUCAGCAAAGAUGUUCCACAGAUCUCGUCCGUUCAUGCGAUGCAUUCCAAUCUCUCGAACAACACCUCGUUUAUGGAAUCGGAGCCAAUCAACAACGCACCACACGACAAAUCUCAACAAAAUGAUUCCGCUGUCUCUCCAAAUAUCAACAUGGACAACUCGAAACCAGAAGAUAACAAAGAAAAAGAAACCGUUGUGUCAUUGUUCCUGAUCGACCACUUGAAACAUGAACCAACUUUCGAUUCACGUCUUAAAGAUUUCGAGCAUGACUUUUUGACAGUCGAGAACCAUUCUUCGCUGACAAGGGUUUUUCGUCAUCUCCAAAAAGAAAACUCCAUCUUAAAGAAAGAAUUACAACAGUUAGCAGAGUUGAGAAGGAAUCUGGAUAUUUCGCACCAUAACUCUCAAUUAAUGUCUGCCUUCGAACAUUUGGAGAAGAAUCAAGACAAGUUAGAAGAAACACAUUUAGAGUUAACUAGAGAAUUAGAGGGGCUAUUGACAACAAGAUGCAAUUAG